AUGCUUUCGAUUAUAUUAAUUUCAAUUAUUUUUGUUCUCAGUAUUAUCUGGUUAUUCUAUCGUCGUAGUUCAAAACAAAAUUUUGAUAUUCCAGGUGUAAAUGCAUCAGAUUCUGAAAUGGGUAAUCUUGAAGAUUUAGGUCGAGCUGGUAGUCUUCAUCAAUAUUUAACUCAAUUACAUAAAAAAUUUGGUCCAAUUACUUCAUUUUAUUGGGGUAAACAACGUGUUGUUAGUAUAGCUUCACCAGAAGCUUUUCAUGAUACACGUCGUUUAUUUGAUCGACCUGUAUCUCUUUUUGCUCAAUUUGAACCAUUAAUGGGUGCUAAUAGUAUACAAUAUGCUAAUGGUGAUAUUGGUCGAUAUCGUCGAAAAAAUCAUUAUGAUGCUGCUUUAUCACCACUAGCUCUUCGAGCACAUUUUUUUGAUAUAUUUCAAAAUGUUUUAUGUGAAAGAAUGACUUUAUGGGAAUCAAUUGGAGAAAAACCUCUUGCAUUACAUGUUGAAAUGUUAUCUAUGGCAAUACAAUCAAUAACUUUAGCUGCUUUUGGAUUAUCAUUAUCAGUUGAUGAUGGAAAACGUAUUGAAGAAGCUUAUAAUACAUGUUGGCAUGAAAUGGAAAUGCGUGCACAAGGUCAAAAAGUAAAUUCUGAACGUGAAAUUAAAUUUAAUCAAGCACGAAAUUUUUUACUAGAAAAAAUUAAAGAAAUUGUUAUUCAACGACGCCAAAGAUUAGGUGAUAAUUAUAAAUGUUUUAUUGAUUAUUUAUUAGAUGAUAAUGAAAAUGUUCCUAAUGAACAACAUAUAUGUGAUGAAAUUAUAACUAUGCUUGUUGGUGGAUUUCAUACAACAGGAAAUCUUCUUACAUGGAUCUUAUAUUAUUUAGCGAAAGAUGACAAUAUUCAACAACGUCUUUUUAAUGAACUUAUACAAACAUAUAAUACAAAAUUUCCAACAUUUGAUCAAAUUGAUCAAAUGUCUUAUUUAAUGAAUAUUAUUCAUGAAGGAUUACGUGCUUCAGUAUUAGCACCAUGGGCAGCUCGAAUUUCAAUGGAUGAUAAUAUAAAUAUUUGUGGAAAAAUUAUUCCAGCUGGUACACCAAUAAUUCAAGCACUUGGUGUUGUUUUACAAGAUGAUAAACUUUGGAUAAAUCCAUCUGAAUUUAAUCCAGAUCGAUUUGAUCAAGCAAAUAAAAAGAAAUUACCAACAUUAACUUUUUCACCAUUUGGAUUUGCUGGUAAACGUAUAUGUCCUGGUUAUCGUUUUGCGGAAUAUGAAGCCGGCUUAUUUCUAGCCGGUAUUAUACGAACAUAUAAAGUAACAUUAGUUGAUCCAACACGUCCAGUAAUACCUGUACAUGAUUUAGUAACAUCUCCUAAAGAUGAAAUUUUUGUAAAAUUCAAUAAACGAAAUUCAUAA